AUGGAGGUGUUGGUGAGUUUUUCAGCAGCCGAUUACCUCCCUGUUAUUGGUCGACUCAUCGAUAGGAUCACAAGAUUACAUAGAAAAUGUGAGAAGGUUUUCAAAGAAAUGGAUGCAUUUUUCGAUCAAUCUAUAAAAUAUCACUUAGAAGAUGAGAGUUUUAAAGAUGAUAUCAUUGAUUUGCUCCUCAAAAUGGAGAGGGGAGAGACUGCACUUGGAGAGUUUCAACUAACACGAAAUCACACCAAAAGAAUUCUUCUUAAUGUUCUUAUUGCUGGAAUAGACACCUCUGGCCACACAAUAACAUGGGUGAUGACACAUUUGAUUACAAAUCCAAGAAUUCUGAAGAGAGUGCAAGCUGAGGUUAGAGAAGUAAUAAAAAACAAAGACGAUAUCGCAGAAGAAGAUAUAGAGCAAUUAGAUUAUCUCAAAACGGUGGUUAAAGAAACGUUAAGGAUAAACUCACUUUUGCCGCUUCUAGUUCCAAGGGAGGCUUCAAAAGAUCUAAAGAUCGAAGGUUACAACAUUCCGAGGAAAACAUGGAUCCAUGUCAACAUUUGGGCUCUUCAUAGGAAACCAAACGUUUGGAAAGAUCCAGAAGCUUUUAUCCCCGAAAGGUUUAUGGACAAUGAAAUCGACUAUAAAGGUGUAAAAUUUGAGUUAUUGCCGUUUGGUAGUGGAAGGAGAAUGUGCCCUGGUAUGGGUAUGGCUUUGGUACACUUGAGACUUAUCAAUCUUCUUUACCGUUUCGACUGGAAGCUUCCAGAUGGAGUGGAUACAAAAGAUGUUGAUCUUGAAGAAUCAUAUGGACUCGUAUGUCCUAAGAAAGUUCCACUUCAGCUUAUUCCGAUUCUUACUAAAUGGACUUAA